GAGCAAUCUGUGUAACAUUGCAGUUCUGUCUGCUUCCGUUUUCAGACGUGUGUGGAUUUAAAUACUGAUUUCUGAAGAAGCUCGUUAAAUUCAUUCCAAAACCACAACGAUGACGACAUCCUCAUCAUCCUUUAGUUCGCUCAGACCCGAGGACAUGACCUCCUUGGAGUACGAUUUGGAUCCGUACGCGCACUUUGCUGCCCACGAGUCGUUCUUGAAGGACCAGGUCCGCUCGCAAGCCUACCGCAAGGCCAUAUACAAGAACAGACACCUCUUCAAAGGGCGAAUCGUACUGGAUGUCGGCUGCGGCAUGGGAAUCCUAUCGAUGUUUGCUGCCCGAGCCGGGGCUGCCCGUGUCAUUGCCAUAGAUUUUUCCAACGGUAUCGAUUACGCGCAGGACGUCGUCGACGAAAAUGGUCUCGGCCACAUUAUCACUCUGGUUAAAGCAAGAGUCGAAUCCAUCGAUCAACUUCCGCACGGAAUCACCCAUGUGGACAUUAUUCUUUCCGAGUGGAUGGGACUUUGUCUGCUGGAUGGACCAAUGCUGGAUACGGUCAUCUAUGCUCGUAACAAAUGGCUCAAUCCAAAUGGAGGUUUGAUGUUUCCUGAUCGUUGCACCCUUUACAUCGCGGGUAUCGAAGACCGAAAAGUUCUCGAUGAACGAAUCAACUGGUGGGAUAAUGUGUAUGGGUUUGACAUGAGCGCGAUCCGCAGGGCGGCCAUCAAAGAGCCGCGUGUGGAUACUAUCCACUAUCGACAUAUGGUCACCACGUGUUAUCGCAUAAAGGAAAUUGACAUGUACACUGUCGACCAGUGCAAGUCCGCCACGGGCGACUGGGAAUUUGAGUCGCGGUUUCGUUUGACCGCGAAGCGGACCGACUUUGUGCACGCGCUGGUCACCUACUUCAAUGUGGAGUUUACCCGCUGCAAGCACCGUACGGGAUUCAGCACCUCCCCGAUGACGCCGUUCACUCACUGGAAGCAGAUGAUUUUCUAUUUGGACGAGGGCUUGGUCGUGGAGAAGGGCGAACUGAUUGGCGGUAGGUUUAGCAUGAAGUCGAUGUAUUCGCCCGGGAGGUUCGCGAAGGCAGACUUCCGGAUCAAGCUGCGGUUCAAGGGAGUGCAUUCGGAUGUGAAGGAAGAUACUUUCUAUAAACUGCGAUGAUGUGUGAGAUAUGAUUAGAUACUAAGUACAUGUUAUACGGUAUUUUUGUUACGCAUGAAAUGAGGUAUGAAACUGUUCACAUUAUAUCGAAAUAAAUUAUUUGCAUCUCAGAA